AAGUAAGUAGAUAGAUGGAGAGAUGGCCCCGAGAAAAGUGGAAACCCCAGGCUGAAAGCGGUGGAGAGGAGUCAGCCAGUCAGGUGCCGCCGGCCAACCAAUGGCACCUGAAUCCAUUAAUUCAGUCCCGUGUCACUCUCUCAGGCUCUCUCUUUCUCCUGACCUGUUCCGGAGAGCGCUAAGACUUAAGGAGAGCUGGCGGUGGGCCUGGACAACAACUUACUGCUCGCUCCCCCUCGGUCUUGUCUUGCGUCUUUUCCCCUCGUUCCUUUUCCCAAAAUUCUUUACAGAUUUCAAUCUAUCAAUUUGUCUGUGCUCGAGAUUUGGCCUCACUUUUCAUUCCUGAACACCAACCCCCCACUUAUAUACCCCCCACCUUUCCAAUGCUUCAAGUUCCAGUGCGGGAGCACACCAACGUGGCCUCCACCAAGGCUGUGAUCUUGGU